AGUGAUAAGGUGCUUCAGUAGAAGUGUUUUCUGUGGCUAAUACUUGGGGCUUUACAUUUUGUAGAACUUUUACAUAUAAAACAAACUGAAAAAAAAGCAUUAUAUGUGUCUGUCAAAUCAAGACUUUGCAAAUGUUUCAAGAAGAUGGAAAUGCAAGGACAAUUUUAUUCAGGCCAUGAAGACACCUACUAAAUGCUUUGGUCCCUGCCCCUCCCCCCUGAUCUGAUUGGCCAGCUGGUCCACUCUGCUGGUUGGUCAACCGCUUCCACAUUGAAUAGGAAAACGUCAGCCUCUGCUCUUGCUUCACCUGGCAUCAUCAGCAGGCGUACCAGACAAGCCGCUAGAGCCCUGCUGGAAGACGAUUACUUAUUUUCAUGACCUGCUGAUUUCCUGUUUACCUCCUCAACAUCCACAUUACAAGGGCUCAGAGAGCAUUCAUAUCUGAGGACAAGAUGAAGAGAAACAAGCCCUCCACCUCCAGGAGAACUGAAAUCCAGCAUCUGUACGAAUGCUACGCCUCAGGCCAGACCACUUUGCCUGCACAUGACCUCGUCCGGUUCCUCCACGAGAAGCAGAUGGAGCUCACAGCAAACCAAGAGACGGCAGAGAGUUUGAUUGGCAGAUAUGAGAUUGAAGAGACAGCCAGAGAAAGCAGGUCCUUGACAUUUGAGGGAUUCCUCAGGUACAUGGAGUCCCAAGACUGCUGCGUGUUCGACCAGACCCACAGAUCUGUGUACCAAGACAUGGAUCAGCCUCUCACCAGCUACUUCAUCUCCUCAUCACACAACACCUACCUGACUGGAGACCAACUCGUAGGAAAAAGCCACCUCAAUGCUUAUGUUUGUGCUCUGAGGAAAGGCUGUCGCUGUCUGGAGAUUGACUGCUGGGAUGGGAAAAAUAUGGAGCCUGUCGUCUACCACGGCCGCACCCUGACCACAAAGAUUCUCUUUAGGGAUGUCAUCGAAACAGUGAUGCAACAUGCCUUCGAGGUGUCUGCCUUCCCAGUGAUCCUGUCUUUGGAAAACCAUUGCUCCCAGGAGCAGCAAGAGGUCAUAGCCCAGUACCUCAUCUCCAUCUUUGGGGAGAAGCUGCUCAGAGCUCCCUUGGAUCAUCUGACAACUGGAGACCUCCCGAGCCCAAAUAAGAAGGUGGUUGUGGCCAAAGCUUUGUCUGACUUGGUCAUAUACACGAAGUCGGUCAAGUUCGUCAGCUUCAGUUCCUCAAAGGACAGUCAGAGCUGCUAUGAGAACACGUCUACAACAGAGAAGAAAGCACACAAGCUAGCUAGAGCCUCAGGUGCAGAUUUUGUUCGGCACAACCAGAAGUUCCUCAGCAGGAUUUACCCAGCGGCCUUCAGGACAUCUUCGUCCAAUUACAACCCUCAGGAGUUUUGGAACGUGGGCUCUCAGCUUGUGGCUCUCAACUUCCAGUCCAUGGGCCUGCCUAUGGACCUUAAUAAUGGCCGUUUCCAGGACAACGGGGGCUGCGGGUACACCCUGAAGCCGGCGGUGCUCAUGUCCAGUGAGACGAGCUUUGAUCCCGGCUGUAGCCGGUGCUUGAAAGCCACACGCCUGCUGCUCAAGGUGAUCAGUGGCUCCAACCUUCCUGUUCCCCGGAGCGGCAAACCUCUGGACCCCUUCGUCAGGGUGGAGAUUAAUGGGAUUGCAUCUGAACCCCGCAAAAAAAGCACACACACUGUCAAAAACAAUUCUCUGACUCCUCACUGGGACACGGACAUGAACUUCCACAUCAGCGUCCCCGAGCUCUGCCUCGUCCGCUUCUGUGUGCGGGAUCAGACCGGCUUCCUCAGUAGUGACUUUGUGGGCCAGUACACUCUGCCCUUCAGCAGCCUGAAGAAAGGCUACCGCUGGGUACCUCUCCUGUCCCGAGACGGAUGCAGUCUGGAGCCAGCCACCCUCUUUGUUUUUAUCUGGUAUUCUUAAAAACAGACUCCCUCUCUCUUACACACAGUUAUACACAGUUUUAGUCACUCACACACACACACACACACACACACACACACACACACACACACACACACACACACACACACACACACACACACACACACACACACACACACACACACACACACACACACACACACACACACACACACAAAGAAGCGUGGCUGAUGUAGAA